GGUUUCCUUUUUCCCUCUCCACUGUCCGUUGCUCUUCGACUUCGCCGCCAAGGCGCGCAGAAAUUAUUCUGCGCGGUGUCCCGGUGAGUUUACACACUAUAUGCAUAUACAGUACACAGUGUGUAUCACGCCUCCUCGCCGUUCGUCUGUUCGAUCGGAAGUAAAGAGAACGUCGAUAGCUUGUUCAUUGAGAAAGUAGCAAUCUUUUUUCCGUUCGCGCGCUUCUUCGGCCAAAUCUUGUAAAUUCACCGAACUCCCGGAUUUAGCAAAUCAGGAUUUACGGCAAAAAAGAGCGAAACGGAGUCGCUGUGAGAUUUAACGGUUCCCUAAUAAAUCCUGUUUGGCAGGAUUUAGCAUAAAUCCUGUAUCCAAACAGCCCCAUCGAGAUGAAGAGGCAGAGGGUGAAGAAUUUUUCUCGAACCAGAGGAGGCAAGAAGAAGCCCAAAUCCAUCUCCAAUGGGGACGAUCCGUUCUUCGAAGCUGACGCGAAGCGACGGCGCAAGGGAGUUACGGCAUUCAACGACAAAGAGGAAGUCGAGAGCUUGCCUAGCGACGAAUCUGAGGCCGAGGUGGUGGGUGGAGAGGAUCAAGGGGAGGAGCCUGAGGAGACCGCAGCAGAAACAAGGUUCCGGAUGGCUAAGGAGCAUCUUGAAAGGAUUAGAGCUGCGGCAAAGAAGCUUGAAGAAGAGGAGGGGGUUGGAGAGGGUGAUGAAAUAAAUAUGGAGGAGAGGGAAGGGAGGAGGGACUCUCUUGUCGCUGAGAUACUGCAGAAGGACCAGCUCGAGGCAAGUGGUCGUGUGAGGCGGUUGAUAGCUUCAAGGGUUUUGAAUCCUGAACCUGAUGAUGAGUUCAAAGUGCUGGUGAAGCACCGGAUGUCCGUAACUGCAGUAGGACUAGCUGAAGAUGAUCGUAGAGGGUUCUCAGCUUCUAAAGAUGGAACCAUUUUGCAUUGGGAUGUUGAAAGUGGAAAACAUGAGAAGUAUUUGUGGCCUAAUGAGGAUGUACUGAUUUCACACCGUGCAAAUGGUCCUCAAAAUUCAACAUCAAAGAGGAGUAAGAACGUCUUAAGUUUGGCUGUCAGCUCUGAUGGCCGCUAUUUAGCUUCUGGAGGUUUAGACAGAGAUGUGCAUCUGUGGGAUACUCGCACACGUGAGCACAUCCAGGCAUUCCGUGGCCAUAGAGGCCCUGUAACCUGCCUUACUUUUAGGCAGGGAACUCCACAACUCUUCUCUGGCUCCUUUGAUCGAACAAUCAAGCUUUGGAAUGUAGAGGACAGAACCCACAUGGAUAAUCUUUUUGGUCAUCAAAGUGAAGUGUUGACUAUUGAUUGUUUGCAUAAAGAGCGGCUUCUAACAGUUGGCCGUGAUCGGACUAUGCGGUUAUGGAAGGUUCCUGAGGAAUCACAAUUAGUUUUCCGAGCUCCUGCAUCUUCGCUCGAGUGUUGUUGCUUUAUUAAUGAUAGUGAAUUCUUGUCUGGCUCUGAUGAUGGUAGUAUAGAGCUUUGGAGCAUAUUACGAAAGAAGCCUAUUCAUAUCAUUAAAAAUGCACAUGCUCUGUUAUCAUCUCAUGACGAGCACUUGCCUACAAAUAGCAAGGAAGGCUUACCUAACGGCAAUCAUGCAGGCGGCUGCUCCACCUCAGUUCAAUCUUGGGUAAGUUCAGUUGCAGUGUGCAGAGGAAGUGAUCUUGUUGCAUCUGGAGCUGCUAAUGGUGUGAUUCGUCUAUGGAACAUUGCAAGUGAUGACAAAAACAUCCAGCCGCUACUAGCUUAUCCCUUGGUUGGAUUUGCCAAUUCACUUGCAUUCUCAAAAUCUGGCCGCUUUAUUCUGGCUGGGGUUGGGCAGGAACCUCGCCUGGGAAGAUGGGGCCGAGUUCAUAAUGCUCGAAAUGGAGUUGCAGUUCAUUCCAUCCGGCUCUCUGAGGAGCAUUCUGCACUGUACUAGAGCAGGCAUGGUACUCAAUUUUGGUAGGCUUAUGUAGUUGAUCUGUUCCAGGUACAAUUUUGGAUAUGUAUCUGAUGUUUUAUUCUUUGUUAAUCCAUACUAAAAUUUAUUUUCCUCUACUACCACAUUUGUUGUUUUGAUAG